UUAUCUCCGCCCUUGGUCUCUCUCUCUCUCUCUCAGUGGUUGUGUGUCUGUGUGUGUCUGUGUGUGUGUGUCUAUGAUCCUGCAGGGCUCCGCGUCAGUUACCCUGAAACCGACAUCCCCAAAGCAGCGAGCUCUCUCCUUCGGGACUAUGUGUGUGGAGAAAGAAACCUCAGACUGCCCUCUCUCCGGUUCCUCGGAGGAGAUCCGGAGCCUGAACGGGGCUCCCUCCGCCGGCUCCUCCGCCGCCGCAGACACGCCGUUCAGUCCGGCGGAGAAAUUCCGGGCUCUGUGCCGCCUGCGCCCGCACAUCGCCGCCGGGGUGCUCAGCUUCGGCUACGUGGUGAAUUAUAUGGACCGCUUCACAGUGGCAGGUGUACUGGCGGACAUCCAGAGACACUUCGGGGUCAGCGACAGUAAAUCCGGAUUGUUGCCUACAGUUUUCAUCUGCAGCUUCAUGGUGGCCACCCCGAUCUUUGGUUUCCUUGGUGACCGCUUCAACAGGAAGUUCAUUCUGAGCUGUGGGAUCUUUUUCUGGUCAGCAGUCACCCUGAUCAGCUCCUUCAUCACUAAGCCGAACUUCUGGCUCUUCCUCAUCUCGAGAGGUCUGGUCGGGUUUGGCGAGGCCAGCUACUCCACAAUUGCUCCCACCAUCAUCGCUGACAUGUUUGCCAAAGACACCAGAACCUGUAUGCUGUCCUUCUUCUACUUUGCUAUUCCACUGGGAAGUGGACUUGGCUACAUUCUGGGAUCCUGUGUGACACAGGCAUCUGGAGACUGGCACUGGGCACUGCGGGUGACUCCAGCCAUGGGUUUUACUGCGGGGACCCUCAUCAUCCUAUUGGUCCCUGAGCCAAAGAGAGGAGCGGCAGAACAGCAGCUGGUGCAACUCCGAGCCAGUACAUCCUGGACCAAAGACAUGAAGGCCGUGGUGAAAAUCCCAAGCUUUGUGUUCUCCACUCUGGCCUCAGCCUCUGUGUCCUUCGCCACCGGGGUCCUGGGCGUGUGGAUCCCGCUGUAUCUGUUCCGGGCAGAGGUCGUCCAGAAGAACAUCGAGCCGUGCACCGCGGAGCCCUGUAGUGGUAGGGACAGCUUGAUAUUUGGGGCGAUCACUUGUGUGACGGGAUUCCUUGGAUUAAUAGUAGGUGUCGCAGCCACGAGGUGGUACCGGACAAAAAGCUCCCGAGCUGAUCCGCUGGUCUGCGCGUUUGGAAUGCUCAGCUCCUCUAUAUUCAUCAGCCUCAUCUUUGUCUUUGCCCGGUUCAACAUCGUGGGAGCCUAUAUGUGUAUAUUUAUCGGAGAAACCCUCCUGUUUUUGAACUGGGCCAUCACGGCAGAUAUCCUCAUGUACGUUGUUAUUCCUACUCGUCGCUCGACCGCAGUGGCCUUGCAGAGUUUCACCUCUCACCUGCUCGGAGACGCAGGCAGCCCGUAUUUAAUUGGUGUUAUCUCGGACGUGAUCAGACACAGGAAGCCUGACUUGGAUCUGUGGGAGUUCCUCAGUCUGGGCUAUGCUCUGAUGCUGUGCCCCUUUAUCAUUGUCCUGGGAGGAACAUUCUUCUUGGUCACAGCCCAUUUCAUUGUGCAGGACCGUAACAGAGCACACCAACAGGUGGAAGAGAUGAGGCUGGUUUCGGUGAAAGUUUGAGAAAGGAGUUAUGGAUGGAGCGGGUGAAAAUGUCUCACAAAUUGGUGACAUUUUGCCUUCAAAUGGCCAUGCAGUUUCUUGUCACCGUGUGAUUGGACCUUCCGAAACGAGGAAUCUCCCAAGCGAGGAAUGGCAUAACUUCCUCAAGGCACCCAACUGUAUGGAACCUCUCCUCCAGUCAAACAUGACUCUCAGUUCCUUGCUCCUUGCAGAAAUCCCUGCGGAAGAGCAAAGUCUUAGUCGGUCUCUGCUUUUUGUUUGUCUCCCCCACUAGGUUGUGUGUCAAGGGCUGACCUCAAAGCUUGCAGCCAACAUUCCCAGCUCCAGCCGAGGAAAAAUGUUCCAAGCUCUGCUUUGGCAAGGUGGGGGGGCUAGGUUCGAUCUACACAGAGCUUCAAGCAGCUUCUGGGACAUUGAAUAUCAUCCCUAUCAUUUAACGCUGAGGUUCAGAAUUGUCACUUGGAUGUGACUAAAGCCUGGUUGGAGGAAUGGGUGAAGUCUCCUCUGAGACUACAACAUAGGAAACAGUCAUUGGGGGAGAUAUUGCCUUUAAAUGAGACAGAGCACUUUGAGCUGUUCUAAAGUUGGAUGCUGUUAUUCUGUUACUUUUAGAGGCAGUAUUAGCAGUAUUAUCUAUCUAUAUAUAUAUAUAUGAACUAGUGAAUUGAAUUUCACCUUUUAAGCUGUAUUGGAUUGUGAUUUAUUUUUGUACUUAUGCCAGUGAUAUGCAAAUAGCAAAGUAACCACUGGCUUAUGGAUAUGCACUAAAGUGAACCCCUGAAGUGAAGCAAGAUGUUCCAGAUGAUCCGAAACGUUUUCCUUCUGCACCUACUUUGUAAGCUUAUAUCAUGUUAAGGCCAAUGAAAAGGUCAAGGACUAAGGGAUGAAAAGUGAUACGUGCCAGUGUCUAAAAUCCUUUUGGAUAUUGCAACAAAUCUACUUUUUUCAAGAAAGUCCCAGUAAGUCAUUUCUAGCCAGUCCUCAACCCUCUGCUCAUAAAGCGCAAGUGAUGAAUUCACAAACUAGAAACUGGCUUGGGCAUUUCUCAACAAUUCCCUCUCCGUGCCUCUCACAAAAUCUCUUUGCCCAGGCAACCAUCCAUCAAGUUCCCAAUUUGCAAUCUAUUUCCCUCCGGAAGUCCUUGUUUUCACCCAGUGAGUGUGGAAGGCACUGCCUGGAAAUGUGGAGGAGGCAGGUUCAAUUCAAGAGGCCACUUUUUACUUUAAAUAAAUACCCAAUGUGCAGGACAUUGGCUGAAAAUUGUAAUGCUAUGAGAGGUGGUGCAGACAUGAUAGACUGAAAAGUCUCUUGAGCACCACAAGUGUUAUUCAAUACUUCCUACCUGUAGUAUCCACAGAAGAUACCAUUGUACUCAAACUGUCCUCAAGGCAAAGUUAACAAAAUCCACAUACAGCCAGUCAAGAGUCAAUUGGACACUAGUCAAUGCUGCAGCUUAAACCUGGGAAUUCCCAUGCUUUGUGGCCAGGUAUUGCACUGUCUAUUGAUUCAUUGCAACAGAUUAAGAACAUUAGGCCAGGACCAAUUAUGUAACAGGACUUAUUUUGUUACAGACAAACAAGCAAAAACAAUUAGAGGUAAAUAUUUUUCAAUGUACGUUAGAACUAAGCUCUUAACUGAAGAUAGAAUUGCAGUGUAGUGCUACCAUGAUGACACGUGUAUUAGAAUCAUCCAAUUUCCUUUGCAAAGUAGCUGUCUUUUUGAAAAAUUUCUCAGUUGCCUCUCAAUGCUUCCUUCCUCAAGUGUCUCCUGUUAACCAUUUCCCACUGACUUCAUGGGCUUCGAUGGUUUUGAGAUUCCCAGGCAGUUCAGGCACGCACAGGUAUGUGCACCAGAGGUAUGCGCCCAUUAACUGUAACAUCCAGAAAUGAUGUGUAUGCAUAAGCAGGUCACUAAAAUAACUUACCGGAGAAACUGGCCUCUCUGGAAUGUACUAGUCACAUGAAUUGCUGCUGUUUCUCAGACACUGGGUGUUAACUGGUAGACAAACCUUGUUGUACUUUUGCACAUUGAGUCACUUCGUGAUGUUACCAUAGUAACAGCAGUCUCUUAGUAAAAUUAAAAAGUGGCAGAUGUGAGAGUCAACCAGGAUGCUGUUUAAAAAGUCCCCUUGGCAACACUUGCUUCGGACCACUUUGAAACUCUGCCCAGCUUCUUAAUUAGCUAUAAUAGCACCUUCUAAACUUAUAACCAAGGUCAUCUGGAUGGACACGGGUAACAGAUACAUGGAAACAUCAUGACCAGCAAGUUCCCUUUUAAUCCACUCACCAUCCUGACUUGGAACUAUAUCACCCUCCCUUCAAAAUCCUGGAAUUCCCUCCCUCAGGGCAUUGUGGGUCAACCUACAGCACAUGGACUGCAGCAGUUCAAGAAGGCAGCUCGCCACCUGCUUCUCAAGGGGCAACUAGGGAUGGGCAAUAAAUGAUAGUCCAGCCUCUGCAUGGGAUAAAGGGAACAAUAACCUGGGAAGCUACUCUACGAGGUUAUCACUAUCCCAUGUCUCAUUCAACACCACCAGGAGCUUUAUAAUCCACCAAAGGCAAUAUAGACCAAAUUUUGUCAAACACUUGUCGAAAGUUUAACUAAUUCUCAGAAUAUGUCAGAAAAUUCUCGGGUAUUGAAGUGAAUAGAAUCACGUCACUUGUGACAGUGAAAUACCGACUAGGGAGAAGGCACCAGUGAAUCCAUCAUUUGCACUCAAAGAGCUAAAAGUGAUACUCUUUAAUAUGAAUGAAAGGGGUGUGACAUAAACUUGCAUUGAGUUUGGCCUCGGGUCUUCUAAAGAAUGUGCAACUUUUUAAAAAAAUGAUUAUUUGAUAGGUUAUUCGGAUAAGCAGGUAACUGAAGGUCCAUGAAGCUGUGAAAUACUUGGCAGCUGGGAUAAGUUGAAAACUUACAGGGUGUGACAGUCAAUCAACAGUUUCAGAAGCUUCUUAAUAAUUCAUAUCACAAUGGCCCAACAACUAAUAAAAGAUGCAGGAAAAAUAUAGUUUAGGUGCCAUUAUUAAAAGCUUGGGCUGUGCAACACAAGCUGUGAACCAGAGACAUUGCCAUGGCCACAGUGUUUCAGUCCCAUGCCCCAAGUGUGGUAUAAAAUGAUGUACAUUAUACAAACAAAAGCAUUUCACAUGUGGAUAUUUGCUUACAUCUUAACAAAACUGACAGCUUCCAAACAAGUGCACAAAAAGACCAAAGGUUCAUAGGUGGCCACCAUGCUGAAUGCCUGGAGAGAUCAUCUAACCAAUAAAAUGUCUUAAUUACAAUUAAAAUUGCAAUUAGUGGCUAACGUGAUAGACAACAGAGCUAAACCAGUCAGAGAGCCAGGACCAUUAAAGGAAGCUUCAGAUCAAUUUCAAGUUGUGGGUUAUGAUUUUAUAUAGUGUGAUGUGAAUGUUUGAAAUUACUAACAAGGGAGGUGGUUUUCCAUCCCAGUUAUCAUCACAAUACUCAAACCUAUAUAAGGAAUUAAGUUCAGAAUUUACCAAUGUAGAAAUUAAAUAUACUAUCUAUUGCCAAAAGCAAUUCGUUCAUUGAAAAGACUCCCAUUUGCUGCUGCCUGAUAUUCUCAGUAACUGAACCAUAUACGAUGGUUGAUCGUGUGUUGAAUCUUAUUUUUUGCGUAAUAUGCAUUUGUUCCUGUAUAAAUUCCAUCCGCACUGUUCAAGUGUUUGUCACUUCUUGUCAAACAAGAACUUUUUUCUAAAAGAAAAUCUAUUUUAUCUGAUUAUUCCAGAUAUAUUUUAUUGUUUAAAGCCAAAGUAUAUAAAUUAUACACAAGAAUAUAGCUCAAAUGUAUCU